UGCGUGCGAGCGGGCGGGCGGGCGAGCGAGCGGCGAGCAGCGAGCGGGGACCGAGCGCCGACUCGCGGGGGCGAGCCCGAGGCACCUUCCCGGACGGUCGGGAGCAGGAGGCGCACGCCGCGGACCCGAGGCGGAGGCUGACCGGGCCGGCCAUGUCGGUGGUGGGACUGGACGUGGGCUCGCAGAGCUGCUACAUCGCGGUGGCGCGGGCCGGGGGCAUCGAGACCAUCGCCAACGAGUUCAGCGACCGCUGCACCCCGUCAGUCAUAUCGUUUGGACCAAAAAACAGAACAAUCGGAGUUGCAGCCAAAAAUCAGCAAAUCACUCAUGCAAACAAUACAGUGUCUAGCUUUAAGAGAUUCCAUGGCAGAGCAUUCAGUGACCCCUUCAUUCAGAAGGAGAAGGCCAGCCUGAGCUAUGAUUUGGUCCCGAUGAAGAACGGUGGCGUUGGGAUAAAGGUCAUGUACAUGGAUGAAGAGCAUCUCUUUAGCGUGGAGCAGAUAACAGCCAUGCUGCUGACUAAGUUAAAGGAGACUGCAGAAAACAACCUCAAGAAGCCAGUAACAGAUUGUGUCAUCUCAGUCCCCUCCUUCUUCACAGACGCUGAGAGGAGGUCUGUCCUGGAUGCUGCACAGAUCGUGGGCUUGAACUGCUUACGACUCAUGAAUGAUAUGACAGCUGUGGCUUUGAAUUACGGAAUUUAUAAGCAGGACCUCCCAAACGCAGAUGAGAAGCCUCGGGUAGUGGUGUUUGUGGACAUGGGGCACUCCUCUUUCCAAGUGUCUGCCUGUGCUUUUAACAAAGGGAAACUCAAGGUUCUAGGCACAGCCUUUGACCCCUUCCUAGGAGGAAAGAACUUUGAUGAGAAGCUGGUGGAGCAUUUUUGUGCUGAGUUUAAAACCAAGUACAAGUUAGAUGCAAAAUCCAAAAUCCGAGCACUCCUUCGUCUCCAUCAGGAGUGUGAAAAGUUGAAAAAGCUCAUGAGCUCCAACAGCACAGACCUGCCACUGAACAUCGAGUGCUUCAUGAACGACAAAGAUGUCUCGGGAAAGAUGAACAGGUCACAGUUUGAAGAACUGUGUGCUGAACUCCUGCAAAAAAUAGAAGGGCCCCUUCAUUCCUUGAUGGAGCAGACUCACCUCAAGGCCGAGGAUGUGAGUGCCAUUGAGAUAGUUGGAGGGGCCACAAGAAUCCCAGCUGUGAAGGAAAGAAUUGCCAGAUUCUUUGGAAAAGACGUCAGCACCACACUCAAUGCCGACGAAGCGGUGGCCAGAGGCUGUGCCCUGCAGUGUGCCAUUCUCUCUCCGGCAUUUAAAGUCAGAGAGUUCUCUGUCACAGACGCCGUUCCUUUUCCCAUUUCUCUGGUCUGGAACCACGACUCGGAAGAAACUGAAGGUGUUCACGAGGUGUUCAGUCGGAACCAUGCUGCUCCUUUCUCCAAAGUUCUCACCUUCUUGAGAAGGGGGCCUUUUGAGCUGGAAGCAUUCUAUUCGGACCCUCAAGGAGUUCCAUAUCCAGAAGCAAAAAUAGGCCGUUUUGUUGUUCAGAAUGUCUCUGCACAGAAAGAUGGAGAGAAGUCUAGGGUGAAAGUCAAGGUGCGUGUGAACACACAUGGCAUUUUCACCAUCUCCACGGCGUCCAUGGUGGAGAAGGUCCCAACGGAGGAGGAUGACGGGUCUUCGGUAGAGGCCGACAUGGAAUGUCCAAACCAGAAAGCAGCAGAAGGCUCGGAUGUGGAUAAAAAUAUCCAGCCAGACAACAGUGAAGCUGGAACACAGCCCCAGGUACAAACUGAUGGUCAACAAACCUCACAGUCUCCCCCUUCACCUGAACUUCCCUCAGAAGAAAACAAAAUCCCCGAUGCUGACAAAGCAAAUGAAAAGAAAGUUGAUCAGCCUCCAGAAGCCAAAAAACCUAAAAUCAAAGUGGUGAAUGUUGAGCUGCCUGUAGAAGCCAACUUGGUCUGGCAGUUAGGGAGAGACCUUCUUAACAUGUACAUUGAGACAGAGGGGAAGAUGAUAAUGCAGGACAAACUGGAGAAGGAGAGGAACGAUGCUAAAAACGCAGUGGAGGAGUGUGUAUAUGAGUUCAGAGACAAGCUGUGCGGACCUUAUGAGAGAUUCAUAUGCGAGCAGGAACAUGAGAAGUUCCUAAGGCUUCUCACAGAGACGGAAGACUGGCUGUAUGAGGAAGGAGAGGACCAAGCUAAGCAAGCGUACAUUGACAAGUUGGAAGAGUUGAUGAAAAUGGGCACUCCUGUUAAAGUCCGAUUUCAAGAAGCCGAGGAGCGCCCGAAAGUGCUGGAGGAGCUGGGGCAGCGGCUGCAGCACUAUGCCAAGAUUGCAGCGGACUUCAGAAGCAAGGAUGAGAAAUACAACCACAUUGAUGAAUCUGAAAUGAAGAAGGUUGAGAAGUCUGUUAAUGAGGUGAUGGAGUGGAUGAACAAUGUUAUGAACGCUCAGGCUAAAAGGAGUCUGGACCAGGACCCUGUUGUGCGCACUCAGGAAAUAAGGGCGAAGGUCAAGGAACUGAACAAUGUUUGUGAGCCUGUUGUAACGCAACCCAAACCAAAAAUUGAAUCCCCUAAACUGGAGAGAACUCCAAAUGGCCCAAAUCUUGACAAGAAAGAAGAUGUAGAAGGCAAAGAUAAUUUUGGUGCUGAAGCUCCGCAUCAGAACGGUGAAUGCCAUCCUAACGAAAAGGACUCUGUCAGCAUGGACCUAGACUAGGCGCUGCGCCAGCCUCCUCCCCACUUCAUGAAAUAUGUCUGUCUGCCAUAGUAUGUGAUUCUGUACAACAGACUGAGUCUAUUUAUAUUUUCUUUGUUUUAAGACUGUCUAGAAAUAUUGUGUAUUAUAUGGGGAAAAGGAAAAGCUGGAGUCUGUAGUCUUUGCCCCUAAGGGAGAAUGGCCUUGGUGACAGUCGUGUGGGGGUGUGACCCACGCGGAGCGCUGUGCAGCAUUGCCGCUGGGACCGCCGAGGAGUGGAGUGUUUGCCGAGGAGACGGACUCCACUUGCUUGUCCAGCGCUCCGUGAUGAGCAUCUGGGAGCGGUUCUCACCAAGGUUGGGUUCUUUUGCAUUUUGCUGUCCAUUUCCGCAUGUGUGUGGCCGUGGUGUUUAUAAAUGAGAUGAAGUCUGAUUGGCACAAGGGCUUUCCAGAACUAAGUCUGUCCCGUAGAGUGAUUUUGCUUUCAUUAUUACAAACCCAACGAGCACAGCGCAGCUAGUGAGCUGUAGCAGCAUGCGAAGCAAGGCUGUAACUCCCCACACAGUGCACUGUCCCGUGGAGUGUGACACGGGAGCUGUCCGAUCAUGUGAUCAUUGUGAACGCCUCAUGAGCUUUCAAUAAAGUUCACCCUGUGGUGUCAUUUCUAAA